UAUUUUGACGUUUCAAGGUUUUCGUGGUAAAUUGAAAAUCAUAUGUUACAAAAAUGGCUGAUGUACUAACAGAAACGGUCCUACCAGAAGAUUUAAAGAAAUUCGAACAAAUCUACCACGGACAGCUCUACAAAAAUGACGUUACCCCUAAGGCACAAUUCGAUUAUGCAUUCUGUCUUGUUCGAAGCAAAUACCCAGCUGAUAUACAGAAAGGCAUAGCUCUACUAGAAGAUCUAUACAGAACGAAUGAAGAAGGCCAAAGAGACUAUUUAUACUACUUAGCAAUUGGAACUGCGAGACUAAAGGAAUAUUCAAAAGCAUUAGGAUACGUUAGAUCAUUCUUGUCAAUUGAACCAGGUAAAUAAUAUGUUUCGAAAAGCCUAAAUUAUCAUUU